UUGCAAGAUAUCUUCUGUUGCUUUCCGACUCAUUCUCGAACAGAUAUGACAGAUAAACCAUGCUUUUAAUUGUCAGCUGUUUUGUAAUUCAACCAGCUAGAAAUGAUUUUACGCACUUAGAAGUUGGCAGAAGGCAAAAUAUUGAUGCAAUUAUGAACAUCUUUACUUAUCAAAGAUAACCCGGGGCAAGAAGUAAGGCUGAUCCAUGAUGAAACCAAUUUAGCUAAUGUCAUUAAAAAACACAUCGACAUAUAGUUAGUGACAAACCGGAAAUGUUUAAGAAAYGAAAGAUUGUUGAGAUGACGCAAUCGAUUGGACAAAGACAAUCUUUCAGCAAGCACCACGAAGUUAGGAGUGUGUCAAAUUGUAGAUGAAACAUGAUACUACGAGUUGUUCUGGACUCGACCUUUUAUGUAUCACGCCAUAACUCUUUCCCAACUGAGCAGAUUCCGACCAAGAUAACUAAAUCUCAUGGGAGACUUAGACGCCAAAAGAUUGCUUAUAGAAAACUCGAAGCUUAAGAUACAGCAAAAUGAACUUUCUAGUGUACUAGGGGAAGAAAAAGAGAUGGUUAAGUACCUACAUGGGGUGAUUAAAAAUUAUGAACAGUUACUACGAUCCAACAGCAAGAGCAACUCGUCCUCGCCACCAGCUGUCGUGAAAAUGUAUCACGACACAGAUCUUAAAACUGAUCCAAAAAAAGCUCACGAAGGGGAUAUACACACGAAGAUUGAAUCUGCGCGUAAGAAGUAUCAAAUAAUAACGACCCAGCAUAGGAAAGGUGAUGCCACGGGACGUUUGAUGCUACCAUCUGAACAACCCCGAAACAAAACUCCGUUAUCUUUGCAGAGUUGUCUUGUGAGAGGAAGCGAAGAAGACAGUCAAGGAUUUUCUCCAUACCAAGGGGUCAAUCGACCGCGUGUUUACAAAGAAAAUGUUUCACGAUCAUCGGAUGACUUACGUUUAGAAAAUCUUGAGAAUAGUUCGUCUUCUGAUGAUGAUUUGGUUAAAGACAACCUUGCUUCUUUCUCUAGUGGUCAUAACAUUGGACAUAAUAAUAUUUUGAAUCCAGUUCAUUUCGAGGAAGGCUUAAGUGAAGGCCAACCCAUGGGGUCCGUGGGUAAUGCGCCAUCGAAUAAGAGAUUUAACCACAAAUACGAUAAAGAAAGCCAUUCAGGGAAGCAUCAAGAACUCGAGGCCUUCGUUAACCCUACUUUAUAUCCAAAUUGGUAUUGUUGUUCCAAAACUGCUCAUGACGAAAUAGACAAGAAAGAAACUUCCUCAACUACUCGGCCCAGAUCGAACUUCACCAAGACUACAACAACUUCGAUAAACGAUAAUAGAGAGAGCGAACUAGCAGAAAUGUUCCGAGAGCUCGAUAAAAUGGAGAGUAAAUUGAACAGGUACGAAAAUUUGGUUGCAAAAAGCGACAAACGUUUAACAAAAAUAGAAAACAAAUUGGAGUACCUCGAGAGUUUUGCUCUCGGCGAAGAGUCUGAGUGUCUUUGAUAUUAAGAAAUGUUAUCACAUAAGCUAAUGUUAUUAGCUAGAUAUAUAGAUAGGAUGUUUGAUUCCAGCAGUAAAUUUUAAAACUUAUUAUGGUUUACUGAUACAUCAGAGCUGAUUAAAUAGAUUGUCCAAUAGGGCAUUUCUGAGGUCGUAGAAAUUAAUCAAUUAAUAUCAUUAUAUUAAGUAAAGUUAUUAUAGUGCACGUGUGCUUUUUACUGGGAUACCUGUGGUAUCACAGUCGUAAAAUGCCUUUUUUUGUAUUUUUUUUUCUUCCGCGACAAAAUGAUUAACUGUUGCGCAAUAGUUACCCAGGGGUCUUCAGGAACUUAGCCAAGAGACGUUUGCGGGUAUCUGCUAUAGGGUUCCAGUCUAUAGUCCAAUCAAUAAUCAUGUACCAGAUGUCAAUCAAUGUCACUAUGUUGUCAAGUGAUUAUGAGUAUGAGUAUUUUGCAUACUUUUGAAACGUGUUGCUAAUUACGUAUGCCAAAAUCCGGAACCCGGGACUGGAAUUGGAUUUCCAGAUUGAGUUAUUCGAUGAGUUUGAUGAGUAAGGCAUAAACGCUCUGCCUAUAAACGGCUUUUAACACUGCUGUUCGAAAUUUUGUAACUUAUUUGUAGUUCUCCUUUAGAUUCUCAGAGACUCUGAUACUAGUAAACCGUCCCAACCAGGGUCUGGUUUAUCAUUACUUCGAGACGUCACGAAAUACUUUAUCAGUAUUUUUAGAAACUCAACCAACUAAAUCCUUCAUGCAUGUUGAAACAAGGUCCUCCAGGUCCUCCAGGUAUCCCAGUCUACCCUGCCAGCAGAGUUUUGUUGAAAUUUAAAUUAAAAUUGUGUGCGAAAACUUACGCUAUAGCCUUCGAUUCGUUGUUACUGCAACCUAAUUAGGUCACAUGCCAAACCUUUGCCAUGGCCACAUAUACAUUUUGAUUCAUAUAUAGCAAUAAAUACAAAGUUUCUUUAUAAAA